GGGAGAAAAGGCCCGAAUACGUGCUUCUCUUGGGUCCAGUGCGUCGCGCGAUUUCGCGGUGAGAGGACUGUGGCCGAGUCGACCGCAAGAAAGAGCACACGAAGAGAGAUUUCCUCGGCAGGUCGCCGCCACUGCACGCACGUACACACAUCAUCUGUACCAUCGCCGCGAUCGAUACCGCGUCUCACUCUUUCGUCCCGCCUACAUAAGAUCAAACGACGCGAUCUUGAACACCGACCGACUCCCGGCUUUCGCCAUGGCUCCGGCAAUCAAGAUCCUCGUCUUGGCCUGCGCUUUGCUCGCUACAGCGAUGGCCACUGAAUCGGAUAGCGAGGGGCAGCAAUCUGGCAGAUCGAGAGUUUCUGACGAACAACUGAAUAUGGCCCUGAGCGACAAACGUUACUUGAACAGACAGCUUAAGUGCGCCCUGGGAGAAGCGCCGUGUGAUCCCGUCGGACGACGUUUGAAAAGUUUAGUGCCGCUGGUUCUGAGAGGCUCCUGCCCGCAGUGCAGUCCCGAAGAGACACGUCAGAUCAAGAAGGUCCUUUCUCACAUUCAGCGAUCCUUCCCGAAGGAGUGGAACAGGAUAGUUCAACAAUACGCCGGAGUUCUGUAAACGAGAUACGAUAUAAGGGCGCCAGCCACGAGGCUGGAUGUACAGAAUAUAGUGAGAAAGGAUACAAUGAAUCAUCUAUGGAAAUAUACCGUCGAUCACAUUCAUUUAUUUAAUAGUAUUGUUAUCGAAUGCACAAGAAAAAUAUAGCUCGAUCGAAAGAGAUAUAUUUAACCUUCCAUCUGUAAUUUGAGUUUUUUUUUGUUCAACCCAAGUUUUUUUUAUAAAAACCGAUAAAAUCUAACUAAUGGACUCCCAAAAUUCAAACGAUAAAUUUAUAACUAAGGGUAGGCGAGAAUAAAUAACUGCGAAUAAAUAAUCAAGUUUUUUUGGCUAUUUUAGGUUUUCGAAAAGUACGAAAAAGUAAGGGUUACUUUUUUCACCAUUUCUAUUACAUUACCAAACAGCUCUCUAUUUUAAGAGACCAGACUCCGCUCUACUUUGAAAUAAUUUGAGAGCGAAAUUUCGCUUGUGCUAAAAAAAGAUUCAGAUUAGAAACGGAGGGUUAAAAUAUCAUCAGAAGCACAUACGUAGAAAGGUAGUUUCGAUAUGUGAAGAUUUUAUCUGUAUUAUCUAUUAUUUAUGUAAGAUGUUGUACAUGUAUAAAUUCUAUUCGCACGUUUGACAUAUUUUAAUAAAAUUUACCGUUU